ACAUCCUUGCAGUCAUUCUCAAUGUUAACGACUGGGAAUCGAAGAUAUCGAGAACUGAGUUAAUCGACCGGAGAUCGAUUCCUCAGUUCUUCACUAAAUUCUUACGAUGCAGCGGUUGUGGGCCUCUGGGAUUUCUAUUUCUGCUUCUCAGGCCGUGCCUCGGUUGAAGAGGAAAGCUUUGAACUCAUGGUCCGCUGUUCAAGAUACUUAUUUUUCGACCAAGGAUAUUUUUGAGAGGCACCGGGUGGUAUUUACGGUCUCAACUUCUUUGGCAUCAAUUGCUACUGCAUGGUUUGGUUAUUCUUUGCGGUACCUUCAUCAAGCUAAGGUAGAGGAAAGGCUCGAGUCAAUUGAAAAUGCUAUGAAAAACAAUUCUCAUAUUGAACAUGCUGAGAUUAAGAAUAUGGUUGGUUCAGGAAAUGUCAGCACCGCAGCUUGUGUUGCCACUGCUGGAACAUCUUUAGUUAUUGGGUAUGGCUUGGGUUGGAGAGGUGGCAUAUGGUAUGCAAAUAGGAAGUUCAGACAGGAGCAAAUGAAGUUGCUUGGGCAGAUUAAGCCCAGGAGGUGGCAGAUGCAGUUUUUAAAAAGGCCAAACGCAAGACACAGAGGACCAGAAAGUGCUGUUAAAACUCCCGAAGCACUGCACUCUAACAUCUCUACUACGACCACCACGACGGCCACACCUACUUCCCAAACUGUCUAAUUAGCUUGUCAAUAGUUUUUCUAUUAAAUUUUUUACAGAAAGAGCAUAAGGAAAACAAAACUUUGAGGUGAACUGGGUCCUAGUUAAUUUUCAAUUGUAACUGACGAGCUUACCACCUUAGGAUGGAAUACUGUUUCCAUUCAUGAUUAGUUUGUACUUGUCUUCCUUGAGCUCGUUGCUUUUAAAAGGAAAGUUUAUACUGUGAAA